UACUGGGUUAUACACACUUUCUAUAAAACCGCAACUCAACUGCAUCACGGAUUGCGCAUUCAUUUUAAAGGUUAUUUGUUUUUAACAAAAUCCGGUCUAUAAUAGUUUCUUUAGUUGAUCGAAGUUGAGUGUUUCGCCAGCCAUGCUUCAUAACUUUUGAUACCGGAUACCUUAAAGCGUUUCACACGCUCCGUUGUGGAUAUUGGUAAAGGAGUGAGUUUUUAAAAACCAUAAGUAAAAUGUCAUUAAAGAAAGAAUCUCUAUCGGAUGCACGGUUACACUUGGCAUCGCUAAACGGUGAUCUGCCAUUACUCGUCAGAAUCUUGGAUAGCGGGAAAGUUCAUGUAGACUCAAAAGAUAAGGAAGGCACAACUCCGUUAAUAUUGGCAGCAGCCAACGGCCAUUUUAACUGCGUUAAAGAGUUAAUUGUACAAGGAGCUGAUCCGAAUAUCAAAAGAGUGACAGGCACCACUGCAUUGUUUUUUGCUGCCCAGGGUGGUUUCGUCGACAUAGUGAAGUAUUUAUUGGAGAAUGGGGCAUCCGUAAAUAGUUCAAGCGCGGACGGUGGAAGUCCUUUAUUCGUUGCUUGCCAAAGUGGCCACGUGGAUGUAGUUAAAGAACUUGUCAUUGCAGGUGCCAAAAUCAACGCAUAUAUGAAAGAUAGGGCCACUCCGUUAUUUAUAGCAGCUCAAAACGGACACUAUAAGGUGCUACUUUACUUACUAGCACGCGGUGCAGAUCCUGAUGCCAGAAGGACUGACGGCGCUAGCCCUUUGUGGAUAGCAGCCCAAAUGGGUCACGAUCACAUAGUAGCUCAGCUUUUAAAGAGCGGAGCGUUCGUCGAUGCUGCGAGAUACGAUGGAGCCACGCCUCUGUUUAAAGCAUCGCACAAAGGACAUUCGGCAGUAGUAGGCGAACUCUUAAAAUAUAAACCAUCAUUGGGAACAUUAGCGAACGGCGAAAGUGCGUUACACGCGGCGGCCUUUUCCGGUAGUUUGCCUGUUUGUAAACAGUUAAUUGGGGCGGGGGCGGACCCUACAUUAAAGAAUCAAGAGGGUUUGACGCCCGUCGAUAUCGCCAUCCAGCAUAAACACAACGUAGUUAGUGAUUACUUAAGCCAGCGUGUAUCGCGUCAUAGGUAAAAGUAAACCGUGCGACAUUUUGUAACUCAAUUUACAAAUUAUGCCAAAAGCAAAAAGAAAAACGAUAAGGAGUUACUUUUUCCAAACUGUUAUUGUUUUGUACUAAGCAGGACGCCAAAAUUGAUAUUAAUUAGUUGAUAUACAGAGUGUUGCAUCAAUUACCCAGGUAGCAGAGGGUUGUAAAAAUGAGGUUGUUAACUAGUCACUAAAGGACGAAAAUGAAGUUAAAUAUGACGUCAGCAGGAAGUGAAUUUACCUACAAAUGUCUCAGACGAAUGAUGUCAUUUAAGUGAGGUCUUUUUUACGUCAAUUAGUGUAGUCAAUUUUUGUCAUUUAAAUGACUUCUUUACGUUAACUUAAAGUCCGUGUAAGUAAGUAUCUCCAAAAACAUCCGAUUCCUCCCAAAUCCGUGUGGUAAAAUCCCUGAAAUGUCCGAAGUGGCUCGGAUUCGUGGGAAACGAAACUGACAUGGUAAAGUGACGCUUCCCGCAUACUAGACCGAUGGGUAAUUAGGUAUUUUACAGAUGGGAGUUGAAAAAGUAAAUUAAAUGACAUGGAACAUCUUUUGCGGAUGUGGAAAGUGGAGAAUUAUAGUUAAUGAAUAAAGAUGAGCCUUUCUUUAAAAUAAAUUAAUAAUGAAAGUAUAAUAUUCAGGAUCUUCCAUUUGAUUUUUUUCACAAAAAUUAUUAUUUUUCAUUUUAACUCAGGCUGUAUAAACAAUUCGGAUUAACUUCAAAAUAUUGGAAUAAUAAAAUUACAGCUGUCGGAAAUGACGUAAAACAUAUACGGUAUUAAACACGUUGGGUGAUUGAGUAUAAGAGAGAGACCCUGUAUAUUCGAAAAUAAUUAUAAUUUUUUUUAAUCUCAUCUAUACCUUUUGUAUUUAACAUUUUUCUCAAAAACAAAUAAUAAGCGUCAGCGCCCCCGUAUUUUCUAAUUCAUUAAGAUUCACGCAAGAUAAAUGACAAUUGUUUACACACUGUACAAAACGAUUUUCAACUGUUUAAUUAUGUCAAUCAUCCUGCGUUAGAUAGACCCAUAGACUAUAGAAAUUAUCUCAACAUCUCAACUAGAUCUGAUUUCAUAUUUACAAUUACACAGCAACACAUACCAUGGCCGAUGGUGUUUUGCCGUUGAAACUUAUUUGUACUAUUGAAAUGUUCGUGACGGAAAUUAGAAAUUGUUUUUUUUUCUUUUAAUAUAAUUUUUUUUAUUUUUGUUUGUAUUUGGUGACCGUCGCAAGCAUAUCGGACAACAUAAGGGCCAGAAAUAUUUUGUUACCCAAAAAGCACAUAUGUAUAUUUUUAACCUCUUAUGCGAGUUGGUUAUUCGUUUCGUUUUUGACGGAGGUUUGAAUUUUAUCGAAUUUUUUGAAAAUAUUUUUCAAACCAUGUGCAAGCAACAGACAAAUUCAAUUCAGAACUCGUUCUGGCAAUUAUUAUUGCCGAUAUGUUUUCCAUGGAACACACUGUAGAAAUAUAAUGAUAUUAAAAACAUAUCGUGCCUUUAUAUUAAGUAGUAUACUACAUACACAUUGUUUAAAAGUUUAAGUGCGUAAAGAAAUAGAGCAAUUCGAAAAUAUUUCGUAAAAUUGGUGAGAUUUUUGUAUAUUUCAUUGACGGUGUAAAUUUUAUUAUUAAAAAUAAAUUUUGUUUUAUCGAU